AGCCGGCGGCGGGACCCGCGGAGAGCUGGGCGGCGCGUGAGCAGCAGCCGGCGCGGGCGGGAGAGCAACUUCGCCUUCCGGGGCCCGGGCGGCGGGCGCAGCGAGCGGGGCGCGAUGGAGCCGCGCUCACCUGGCGGGGCCUGUGCAGGAGCCUUUGGUCCCUGAAGAACUGGUGCAGCAGUUACUGUUGGAGGCUCGAUUCAGAACUUUGGAAGUGCACUGGGAAUGUGCAAGGCAUCCUCAAUUAAGGAGAAGGAAGGAGGAUUCAAGAGAGAAGUUAAGUCUGGCUGACCAUUCUGUUAAAUUAAUUUCUGUCUGCUCUGGCCUCAGAUUUUUUUCUUUCUUUUUUUUUUUUUUUGGUCUUAAUUGUGUUAAAAUAUACAUAAAAUUUACCCUUUUAACCAUUUUUAAAUGUCCAGUGCAAUGGCAGUAAGUGCAUUCACAUUGUUGUGCAAUUUUCACCACUAUUCUCCAGAGCUUUUCCAUGUUCCCAAACAGAAACUCCGUACCCAUUAAACAACUCUCUAUUACCACCCCCACCGCCCCCAGCCCCUGGUAAUCUCUGUUCUACUUUCUGUCUCUAUGAAUUUGCCUAUUCUAGGUACCUCAUAUAAGUAGAAUUGUAUAACAUUUGUCCUUUUGUGUCUGGCUUAUUUCAUUUAGCGUCAUGUUUUCAAGGUUCAUCCAGGUGGUAGCAUGGAUUAGAAUUUCAUCUCUUUUUAUGGUUGAAUAGUAUUCAUUUUAAUAAUAAUAUAUAAUCUGUAUGUAAACACACCAUAUUUUGUUUAUGGACUCUUCGAUUGUUUCCACCUUUCGGCUGUUGUGAAUAAUGCUGCUACGAACAUUGGUAUACAAGUGUCUGUUUGAGUCUCUGCUUUCACUUCUUUUGGGUGUAUACCUAGGACUGGAAUAGCUGGAUCAUAUGGUAAUUCUGUGUUUAACGUUUUGAGGAAACACCAAACUCUUCCACAGAGGCUACAUCAUUUUACAUUCCCACCAGCAAUGCAUGAGGGUUUCAGUUUCUCUACGUCCUCACCAACACUUAGGUUUCCUUUUUUGAUAAUAGCCAUCCUAAUAAGUGUGUAGUGGUAUCUCAUUGUGGUUUUGAUUUGCAUUUCCCUUAUGACUAAUGAUGUUGAGCAUCUUUUCAUGAGCUUAUUGGCCAUUUGUAUAUUUUCUCACAGGUGUCUUUUUUAAAGGAGAAAUAAUGUUUGAGCACGUGUAGGGGUAUUGUUCAUUAUCUCCCCAUUCCUUACCCCGAUGUAGAGAAGGAAAUUAACUGGGGGAAAGUAAAUGAAUAAAUAUAGUGUGCUGUUUCAUGUAGAUCUAUAGUCUAUCUUUAUAUGUGAUCUUGUUUCCUCUGUGUGCAUAUUUAUCUCUCUCGUAUGUAUGUCUUGUCUAUAAAUAGAUAACUUCUCCUGACACUCCUGUGUUACUGUAUGAAUGUUUGUGAGAGGCCUGGGGCUGAAAGUAAAUAAGGGCUUUCCAGUUCAUCCUUACACAGAUAUUUUCAAAGUUAAGAUGCACUUAUAUAACAUUCAGUUACAAGCCCUAGGUAUACCUCUUUCCUUGUGUUUUCCUUCUUGUGUGUUUUAGUUGUGGGAGGCUGAAAGCGGUUAUGGUCCAGACAUCUGUAAUACUUACAAAGAAGGCUGCUGUAAUUUUCUGUGCUUCUAACAAAGUAGCCAGUUCCUAUAUAUUUUUUUGUCUUCUUUCUGACAACGUGCCUGUUAGGCACUUUUUGAUACAAGGUAUCUAUAUUUUAACAAAGAGAACAAGAUAGUAAGUAAUAUACAUGGGGAAUUAGUGGGUAGAGCUUUAAUAUGACUUCUCAUUUGGGAGAUCUUACAAUUUAGUUAUGUUAACUGAAGUUUUCAGGACGCUGUUGAUGAAAUUUUAAGCGUAGUCUCAUUUUUCUGUUAUGUCUCAGGUGUUUGCUGACUAGCGGUUUGGAGAGGGCAUGCUUAUCUGGCAUGUCCAUAACAGAACGAACUGUGUGUUCCCUCUCUGAUGUACUGGGUAGCAAUUUCCCCCCUUUGGACGGUUCAGAACAGUAAGCUUUGUCAUAGAUUAAUAUCCAUAGCUACAUAGUGAUUUUAAAUCCAGAAUAAACCUAGCAUAGGGGAAAGAAGAAAAGGCUGUCUUAUGAAAAAAGUGAAACUUUCUCAGUGUGUCUUAUAGGUUUUUAGGAGUUGUCUGUUCUUACUGCCUUUUUUCAUGUAACACUAGAUCAAGGAAAAAGUUUUUUUAAAUUUGUUUUGUUUGCUUACAAGAAUCUAUACCCCAAAUAGCGUAACUGGAAUUAAAGGGAAAUACUUGGAAAGUUCAGUUUAUUUCUUUAUUCUUCCAGAUUUAUCUGCCUUUGAAAGUUCAAAACAGUUUGUUUUAUUGUUAUUUUUAUCUUUGUGUUUUAAUUAUUUAUAAUACCCCUUUUCAUAUGGACUCCAUACUACUCAGAACCAUUCUCUGAGAUUAGGAAGAUUGCUUGCAUCUCUUGAAGGGUUAGAACCAGAAAUGAAAAGCAAAUUCCUUUAUCAAAUAAGACUUGUAAAGCUAGCAAAUCAACUUAUACAAAUUCCCUAUUUAUCUGAAUUUUAAUUGCCAUUGUUUCCAAAGGGCAGGGUUAGAACCAAAAGAAAAUGUUUUUUGAUUGACAAUACUUUCAUUGAAAAAUUUAGCUGAUCCGGAAAUGAUGAGCAUUCAAAAGAAAGGCACUGCCUUUGGAUGUGUUGUGGUCAUGCUUUCUCAGUGCUUUGUUUUUAGUUUUUUUGUGGUGUUUGUGCUCACUCCUGCUCUGUCUUAAAUGAUUUGAAAGUAAGUGGCAGACGUCAUGACCCCUCACCCCUAAGUACUUCAGCAUGUCUCUCCAAAGAAUGAGGAUAUUAUUCUACAUAAAACCACAAUACUGUAUCACACUCCAGAAAGGUAACAUUUUACAGUAAUAAUAAUCUAGUGUAUGGCUUGUUUUCCAAAUUUUUCUAAUUCUUCCAAAUAUGUACUUUCAUAACUCUUUGUCCCUCUAAUCCAGGGUCCAGCCAAGGAUCACACAUCACAUUUGGUUGUUGUGUCUCUUCAGUCUCCUUUAAACUGGAACAGCCCCUGUCUUUCUUUUAUUUUUUUCCUGCCUUUUAUAACUUUAACAUUUGGAGGAGUCUAGGCCAGUUGUCUUGUAGAAUGUUCCACAACCUAAUUUUGUCUUUUCUUCUUGGUUAGUUUCAGGUUAAAAAUUUUUGGUAGGAAUAGCACGUGUAUGCUUCCCAUCACAGCACGUCAGGAGGCACAAUGGUAUCGGUCUGUUAUUGAUAAUGCAGAGUUUGGUCAUGAUGCAGAUCACUUGUGUUAAGGGGAUAUUUGUCAGAUCACUUCAUUGGAAAGCCCUUUUUCCCUUUUUAAUAACAAGUAGUCUGUAGGUUCAUGUUUUGAGACGGUAUGGCUGUCCUGUUCCCUAAUAACCUUUCACCUGGUGGUUUUAAUGUGCUCAUUGAUUUAAUCCAGGGUUUCCCCAGGGGUCUACUGGUAUGUCAGUGUGUCUGUGAAGCCCUGGGAAAUUUUUAUGUGUGUAUGUAUUUUUCCAGGGAUGUGGUCUGUGACCCCCAAAUAUAUAGAUCUUUUCCCCCCUGUUUUUGAGGGUACCUUCUACAAGUUCCUGUGCUUCAGAGACGUGUGAGUGGUAGGUUACUAGAAGCGGGGAACCAACCCUGUUAUCUUACUUUCCUAAUUACCUAUCUCAGCAUCACAUACAACUAGGUACUUAAUUUUUGUUGUUUGUUUGAGAAUGCUCUGUUCUGGCCUUUCUCUUAUCCUGAGCCAAGCAUUUGGGUCUUUCUGUUUGGUAUAAACUGUACUAGAAAAUAAAGCAAAGAGGCUUAGGCUUAGCCCCUGGUUUUUGGUGUUCUUUUUGAAGAUUUUUAGGCAAAAUUUGAUUUGUGUCUUUGCUGACACUGAAGUAAAUUUAGGUCAGUUGGAAAUGAAUUAAAACACUGCAAUAUGUUUUAGUUGUCUAAUUAUCAGUUGCAUCACUAAGACAUUUUUCACAAGUAUAGACAGGAGAGUCCAGCAGGUGACUUUAGGGAGCGCUAUGUCCAUUAUUAGCCCAAUGUGGAACAGCUGUAGAAGAGAUUGAUCCUUGACUUUCCCUGCACAACCAGGAGAGCAGUGUGGAAUUAAUCAUGGCAGUGGCCAGUGAGGUGUGUUCUGUUUUGUCUGUUGAUUAGCCUGUUGUAACGUUGGUUUGCCUUGCAUGAAAAAGUGUCAGUUGGGUGACCGAUAAUAAGAGCUAACAUUGGAAUAGGAUACUUUUUAAAUAAACAUUAUACCAUUUAAUCUAGAAGAUCACUCUGUGAAAGUAGAUAUUAUUUUUAUUCUAAUUACGUGGGUAGGGCCGGCCCCGUGGCUUAGCGGUUAAGUGCGCGCACUCCGCUGCUGGUGGCCCGGGUUCGGAUCCCGGGCGCGCACCGACGCACCGCUUCUCCAGCCAUGCUGAGGCCGCGUCCCACAUGCAGCAACUGGAAGGAUGUGCAGCUGUGACAUACAGCUAUCUACUGGGGCUUUGGAGGAAAUAAAUAAAUUUUUUAAAAAAUUAAAAAAAAAAUAAUUACACGGGUAAGGAGAAAAGGCUUAGAGAAGUUAAAAUAGACAACAUCAAACAGCUUGUGAGGAGCUCCAAGUUCCUUGUGCUUUCUGUUUCACAAGUCUAAAAGGUAGGGGCGUUCUAGGGAAUCUAAAUAUGAACAACGCAUGGCCCUUGCUCCCAAGGAUCUGUUAAAUCCAGCAAAUGUGUCUUCUUAUAAAUAUGUUAUAGACAACAAAUCAAAGGAAGAGCUAAGGAAGUACAGAAAAGGGCAGACAACCUCCAAGUAUAAAGUCAAGGUUGGUAUGAUGGAGGUGGCAUUUGAGGGGGAGGAGUAUUUGGGGAAGAAGAGGAAGAGUGGCCAAAAGCAUGGAGAUGGGAAAGCACAGGGCUUGUUAUGGGAGAGGAAUUGGUCUGGUUUGGCUAGAGCAUGAGCUGCAUGAAAGAAAGUAGUAGAAGCUAGACCUCAAAGAGGUUAGGAUCAGAUUGUGAAGGGCCUUGAAUGCCGUGCUAGAGAAGAACCUCAUUCUGGAGGGAUUUUGAGCAGGAAAUGAAAAAUGUGGCCAUGUAGAAGACCCAAAAAUAAUCAUGAUAAGUGCUUAUAUCUUUAAAUUAUGACUCUGUGCUAAUCUCUUAACGUACAUUAUUUCAUUAAUGCCUCACAGUAACUUUAUGAACAGUGUACUACGUCCAUUUUAUAGACAUGAAACUGAGGCUCAGCUAGGUGAAGUAAGUUUGCAAAUGUCAAACAGAUUUUGUUGGAGCUAGGACUCAGAGUGGGGUCUGUUAGCUUCCAGAGCCUAUCCUGGUUUUCACUAUGAUAUAUUGUCAUUUCUUUUGUCAGAUCACCUGAUAAGUUCUUAAUUCUCUGUCAAGAAUAUGGCUACAGGAAAAGGACGUUUUCAGAGUUCUGAAAGGACUACUUCUCAAUGUGUAAUCAUGUUAAGGAAUAUAAUCACUACCAAACCUGACUUGUACUACUCCCUAAUUUGGGAUCAGAGCUGGGUGGGAAAUUAAAGAGUUGGAUGAUGUUUUAUUUACAUGCCUCGUGGCAUCAAUACAUGAUCAUAGCAAAUGCUUUUGUUUUCAUUUUUAGUGUCUAACCUUAUUUGCCCUAAGUAAAUCUUAGGUCAGAUAAAGCUCAGUUCCUAGGAGAAUUUUAAGAUGCAUAAAGAAGUGGUAUUUCUCCUAGCUAAAAUAUGUUUCUUCUCAGCAGGUUUCUACUGAUAAAAGACAAUGACUACUGACGAAGGUGCCAAGAACAGUGGAGGAAGCCCAGCAGCAGCUGUUGCUGAACGGGGAGAGGAUAUCACCUCCAGAAAAGAUAGAGGAGUAUUAAAGAUUGUCAAAAGAUUGGGAAAUAGUGAGGAAACACCGAUGAUUGGAGACAAAGUUUAUGUCCAUUAUAAAGGAAAAUUGUCAAAUGGAAAGAAGUUUGAUUCCAGUCAUGAUAGAAAUGAACCAUUUGUCUUUAGUCUUGGCAAAGGCCAAGUUAUUAAGGCUUGGGACAUUGGGGUGGCGACCAUGAAGAAAGGAGAGGUCUGCCAUUUACUGUGCAAACCAGAAUAUGCAUAUGGCUCGGCUGGCAGUCUCCCCAAAAUUCCCUCGAAUGCAACUCUCUUUUUUGAGAUUGAGCUCCUUGAUUUCAAAGGAGAGGAUUUAUUUGAAGAUGGAGGCAUUAUCCGAAGAAUCAAACAGAAAGGAGAAGGAUAUUCAAACCCAAACGAAGGAGCAACGGUAGAAAUCCACCUGGAAGGCCGCUGUGCUGGAAAGAUAUUUGAUUGCAGAGAUGUGGUAUUCAUCGUUGGCGAGGGAGAAGACCAUGACAUUCCAAUUGGAAUUGACAAAGCCCUGGAGAAAAUGCAGCGGGAAGAACAAUGUAUUUUAUAUCUUGGACCACGAUAUGGUUUUGGAGAGGCAGGGAAGCCUGAAUUUGGCAUUGAACCUAAUGCUGAGCUUAUAUAUGAAGUUACACUUAAGAGCUUCGAAAAGGCCAAAGAAUCCUGGGAGAUGGAUACCAAAGAAAAAUUGGAGCAGGCUGCCAUCGUCAAAGAGAAGGGAACUGUGUACUUCAAGGGAGGCAAGUACAUGCAGGCGGUGAUUCAGUAUGGGAAGAUAGUAUCCUGGUUAGAGAUGGAAUAUGGCUUGUCAGAAAAGGAAUCUAAGGCUUCUGAAUCGUUCCUGCUCGCUGCCUUCCUGAACCUGGCCAUGUGCUACCUGAAGCUUAGAGAAUACGCCAAAGCUGUCGAAUGCUGCGAUAAGGCCCUUGGACUGGACAGUGCCAAUGAGAAGGGCUUGUACAGGAGGGGUGAAGCCCAGCUGCUCAUGAACGAGUUUGAGUCAGCCAAGGGCGACUUUGAGAAAGUGUUGGAAGUAAAUCCCCAGAAUAAGGCUGCAAGACUGCAGAUCUCCAUGUGCCAGAAAAAGGCUAAGGAGCACAAUGAGCGGGACCGCAGGAUAUACGCCAACAUGUUCAAGAAGUUUGCGGAGCAGGAUGCAAAGGAAGAGGCCAGUAAAGCAAUGAGCAAGAAGACUUUAGAAGGGGUCACCAAUGAAAAAGAAACAGAAAGUCAAGCAAUGGAAGAAGAGAAAGCUGAAGGCCACGUAUGACACCACGCAAAGGAGGGAAGAGUCGUAAUGAACUCGGUCCCUCCUCCAUGGGCUUUACCCAACUCAGGACUAAACAGUGUUUAAUGUAAAGUUUGUUAUAGUCUAUGUGAUUCUGGAAGCAAAUGACAAAACCAGUAGCUUCCCAGAAAACAACCACCGUGCUGCUGCCCAGUGCUCUCAUUGAGGGGGUGGCGUGGGACCACUCCAGGUGGAACAAAACAGAAAUGACUGUUGGUGUGGAGAGGUUGAGCCAACAGCUUAAGCCCAGCUCAUUUCAGUUUAUGUCAACUUUCAGUAUCCAAUUCAGGGUCCUUUGAGAUAAUCCUAAUAAUAUGGGGCUGUCUGUUAGGUUUUACAUUUGAUUGAACUUUAAUAGUACUGCAGAAACCUGAAAAUUAAUGCUUAAUGAAUUUCUCCUUUCCUGCAGUUGGGCGGGGAAAGGAGGAUCAGGUUUUGUUUUUUAAAUGACUGAAGUGCUAUGAAUGCAACCUGUUGCAUUUUUAACCCACAGAACCCACAGUAGAGAGGUCUAACAUCCCCUCAGGUCCACAGCAGCGUCACAGACUUAAAAACCAGAACCUUAGAGGCCAGUUGCUUGCUGACUUAGCUGCCUCUGCACAUCCCUCCUUAGUAAGCCAGCCGCCUUGUAAGUGGGUGUACCACACCCAGCCUGUCCCUGCAGGAGGACUUCUGUCAUUCCUAAAACACUCUUCAGCAGUGAUGAUGAGCAGAGGGAGUUUCUGGAUUCACUUUCCCUGUUUUGGAUGAAGUUCUGAGAUGCUGAAAUGUGAAAAGAGCAAUCAGAAUUCUGCUUUUUUUCCUCUCCUCUAUUCCUUUUAGGAAAUAAUGUUGAGUACAGUACUGCCUGCUAGCAUGACUACUGUUCAGUUUCUUAUUUCCAUUCUAACCCUUGCUAUUAAGAAUUUAAGACUUGUUCUUAUACUAUCUUUGACCUGGAGUGGAUUAAUUUACAUAUCCAUUUAGGAUCCAUGCAGAUUUUUGUUGUCUUUUUUAAAUUACUGGCUCAUAAAGAUAUGUAUACUGGUUUCUGGAACUUUAUUUACACUCUAUCAGGCAAAAAAAAUUGACUUUUUACUGCUAAGUAUCUUAAUUUAAAAAAAAAUCAAAUCUGUGGGGUUGAAAAAAUUAUUGCUCUUCUACAUUAAGGGUUUUCCUUGCAGGUGUGACACGCGGUUGCUUUCUUCUGCGCUGGUAGCUUCUUUGUUCUGGUGUGAGUUGUGAGAAAGAAUUGAAAACAGCUUCCCAUGCAGGUACAUCUAGCCUAAAAUCUCCAGUACUUGGGCAUUGAAUUAGGGCAAGUCUUAAAUAUGUACAUGUAGUUGAAUUUUAGUCCUUACCGGUAAACGAAAAUGAGCAUGGCUUUCUAUUCCCACAGCCUAAGAAUCACUCUUGGGAAUGCAUUUGGCAACCCAAGGAAACAUUCACUUUAACCUAGAACAUCUCACUUUUUUAAAAUCCUAAAGAACACUGGCAAUUAUAUUUUAGUUUUUAUUUUUAUGGUAGUUUUAACAAAACACUUUCAUUGUUAGGUUAGGACCCACGUUAAAAUCUGAAAAUAAAGUCAUUUCCUUUUAUACUAGUUUUCUUCUCCAUGGAACAAAUGGAAUUGAAUUGUGAGUUUCUCCUUUAAUGAUAACUAAAAUCCUUUUAAUUUCCCAUUUACACUUUUGUCUUUUUUCAUGAGGUAUUUCGUCAAUAAGCCCCAGUUUCACCUAGGAAACAUGAAAAGCAAAAAAUUGAUUUUGCUUAUUUGCUUAACUGUUUAGUAUUUGUAGCUCUGUUGACUAGAGCAUGACUCUAAUGAUGCCAAGAUUAAGAUUUGAUCCUAAAAAGGCCAGUUAGCUUUUUGCAGGCAACAAACAAAAAAACUUCCAAAAUUAGAUUAUCCCAGCCAACUGUCUCCCAAGUGUGUAUCAUGGGUCACUGGGGGGAACGGGCAAGAGUGUGUGGAGGAGAGGGGAAAGGGUGUGCGAGUGGUUCUGAGCAAACCAUUUUGAGGUGCCCAUUACCACUUGAGAAAAAGAAACUGCACAUAUUCUUGUAUCAAAUUCACUAAUCCUAAACAGUUUGUCUAGAAAUCAGCAGAUGUAUUUGAACCAUCUUUUAGACUGCAUUUGGAGUGGUGAGGCAGCGUAUGAUGAAUUAAAAACAUAGAUUGUUUUUUUUUUAAAAAUCAUUCAUUCAGAUACAUUUUUUUUGUGUUCCUUAAAUAAAUUCACAAAAACAAACAUGA